CCUCCUUUCCGCGCUCUCUCUUGUACAUCGCCAGCCUUGUUGAAGACUGUGUCCGGUGAAAACUGGCACAGAACUGACGCAUCCAUGGAGCGCUCCGUCCUAUCACAACAUCCACGACGCACAGCAACACUUCCGUGCGAAGUAAUAUAGAAGACAACAUCGCAACCGACUCAAGAUAGAAUACCAACAUCGUCUUUCACGCGUCGACAACCCACCUCUUCCAUUGUGUAACUUUCCGAACCCCUCUUCCUCCCCGCUCCCUUCGACUCCUCCGCGUUCCCUGUCCGGGUUCCCAGAAACUCUGGCCCGUGAAAACGUCUCCAUGGAUGGGAUAGCCUUUGGCAUGAUGCCCGGGACCGUCCGGGUGCGGAGUAAGCCGCUUCAAGGGAUGCUGAACCAGCGGAAGACCAAAGCUCAGCGGAAAAAGCGAAAGGAUUUGUUCGGUGGGCAGAUGUUCUUCAUGGGGGUGCUGCUCGCUCUUGUAAAGGGGCUCUCGUGUUUGGUCGAGAAAGCAGGUUAUGACAUCUCCAGCCUUAUUACUGAGGAGGGUGCCAGAUGGGAGAGUCGGAGGCUACUACAGGAGUCCUGGGACAACGAGACAGACCUUCUGUUGGAUCCCCCGUCCAAAAACUGCACUGAGCCAGCGUUACAUGAGUUCCCCACAGACCUGUUCACCAACCAGGAGCGCACAGAGGGAGCGGUGGCCCUACACGUCCUGUUUGCCAUGUACAUGUUCUAUGCACUGGCUCUGGUGUGUGACGACUACUUUGUUCCCUCUCUGGAGAAGAUAUGCGAGCGUCUACAUCUUAGUGAGGAUGUGGCAGGUGCAACCUUCAUGGCAGCCGGCAGUUCAGCUCCUGAACUCUUCACCUCUGUUAUCGGUGUGUUCAUCACUAAAGGGGAUGUGGGGGUGGGCACGAUCGUGGGCUCAGCUGUCUUCAAUAUCCUCUGCAUCAUUGGAGUGUGUGGAAUAUUUGCUGGCCAGGCAGUGCAUCUGUCUCGUUGGUCUCUUAUGAGAGACUCUAUGUACUACACCCUAUCCAUCACUGCUCUUAUCGUGUUCAUAUAUGAUGAAAAGGUUUCAUGGUGGGAGUCUCUGACACUGGUUCUGAUGUAUUUCGGCUAUAUUUUGAUAAUGAAGUUUAACUCGAACAUUGUGCAUUUCCUGGAGAGGCGGAAGAAGAACUCGUCCAGCCUGGGGAACGGCACAGCCAGUAACGCUGACCUGGAUGACAACUGUGAUGCCAGCGCUGUCCUGCUGAAGAAAACUAACUUCCACAGAAAGCAGUCAGUGUUGAUGGUAGAUGAGUUGCUGUCAGCCUACCCCCACCAGCUGUCCUUCUCUGAAGCCGGCAUGAGGAUCAUGAUCACCAGCCACUUCUCCCCUCGCACACGCCUCUCCAUGGCCUCACGCAUGCUCAUCACUGAGAGACAGCGUCUGAUUAGCACCCGGCCGUUCACUAACGGAGACUCAGAGGUCACAGUGAAGGUCGGCAGUAGACGGGGCCUGGAGAACGGACUGGGCGGGCCUGAAAGGGGAGUCAAAGGUCGCCGUGGUCACCAUGGAGAGGACGACAGGGGAGAUGUGGAGGCCGGCAACGAGACUGAAAACGAGAACGAAGACAAUGAGAAUAAUGAGAACGACGAAGAGGAGGAGGACGUAGGGGAGGGACCUUUUGUGCCCUUUCACGUCCCAGCUGGGUGCUGUAAUAAGAUCAAGUGGCUGUUGGCCUGGCCUCUGUGCCUGCUGUUGUUCUUCACGGUGCCUAACUGUGCCAACACUCGCUGGGAGAGAUGGUUCAUGGUCUCCUUCGUCACUUCCACCCUCUGGAUUGCUGGUUUUUCCUAUGUCAUGGUCUGGAUGGUGACAGUGAUCGGAUUUACUCUUGGUAUCCCCGACGUCAUCAUGGGCAUCACCUUCCUGGCAGCUGGCACCAGUGUCCCUGAUUGCAUGGCCAGUCUUAUAGUGGCACGGCAAGGUUUUGGGGACAUGGCUGUGUCUAACUCUAUAGGCAGCAAUGUGUUUGAUAUCCUUAUUGGACUGGGCCUUCCCUGGGCCCUGCAGACUCUUGCCAUCAACUACGGCUCCUACAUUAAACUGAACAGCAAAGGGCUUAUCUUCUCUGUGGGACUUCUGUUGGGGUCUGUGUUCCUCACAGUCCUGGGGGUACAUCUGAAUGGGUGGAAACUGGACCGUCGUUUGGGCCUGGUGUGUCUGCUCAUGUACUGCAUCUUUCUCUGCUUCUCCAUCCUCAUUGAGUACAACGUCUUCACCUUUGUCAACCUGCCCACCUGCAGAGACCGCUGAAACCCAGUUCUCACUCUCCCUUCUCUUUCUCCUUCCCAUCCUCCUCCACUCUCCAGGAGAUGGUCCGGCUUGGGAGGGAUCUGUCUGCACCUCAGAUAUUUGUAUUAUUAUUAUUUUCUUUAUGGUCAGUGCAAUAGGGAGUAGUGUGUGUGUGUGUGUGUGUGUGUGUGUGUGUGUGUGUGUGUGUGUGUGUGUGUGUGUGUGUGUGUGUGUGUGUGUGUGUGUGUGUGUGUGUGUGUGUGUGUGUGUGUGUGUGUGGUUUAAAGAGGAGAUAAACUGGGCACACAUGCAGGAGCAAAAACUGACUUGUAAAAAGCUUUCACACAGGACGCGUGAACAAAGCUAUUUUUGUCGACUACUGCCUACUUUGAUGUGAAGAGUUUUAUUUGUUUAGGACUUUUGUAAAGGUGUCUGAAACUGCAUUAUAGUCUACCGUGUGAUGACAAUUUCUAAUGUAAUGUUUAUUAGCUGCUAACUGGCUUUGAUGAAAGCCGGUCUUAUACGAGUCUAUAAUGUGUAUUGGAAUAGUGUUGUUUGAAUAAUAUUAAAUGAAAUGUUUCUCGCUUUGUAAAUACAUGCAGGUAGAUAUUCUAUUUAUUAAUUUAUUGAAUGUUAUUUAUUUUAAAUCCAAACCAACCCGGUUGGUCUCGAAGAUAUUGGAGAUACUGUCUGUAAAGCGUAGUGACACCAACACCCCUUGGCAUGUUAUGAGACUCCAGUCUAAAGUCACUUUUAGGGGAAACAACCUUUCAACAUUCUUUUGACUCUUGCAAAAGAGGAAUCUCUACUAAAAGUAUUCUGAGCAUUUACUCUAUGACGGACUUGAUUUAGAUCGUCACACGAAGAAAAUGCAUCCUUAGCAAAGUCAAACCUAUUCAGUGAGACUGCACUGAAGUAUAUCAUAUGUGGUCACAUCUGUCCAAGGUGGGAGACGGUCUCUGUUUCAAUGACAAUGAGUGUCCCUACUUGCUGAUUAUUAUGGCAAUCUGGUCAAAUGAAGCAAACUUUGUGAAAUGGUAAACUCCUUUUUCCCACAAAUGGAGCUCAAGAGAAUGAUAUGUGCUGCCACAUAGGGGCACAACCAUGAACUACAGCACAGUAUUGGAUUCCUACAGACCUUUUCUUGUUCCAAGUAACUUUUUACCAAAUGUACAUUGCCUAGAUGGACUUCCUGUAUAAAGGAUGGGUUUCCUGUUCCACCGACACACAGAGGAAAUUAGGUAUUUCUGUACUAAUGAGUGCUCCCAGUGUUAUGAUUCAUAGAGGUAGAGAUGCACUUUAAAUAAAGCAUCUGAACUUUGGCUGACCUGAUGUUGGUUGAGCUGCGGUAAUUCAUUUUUUGUAAUGCACAAUGUUUAGAUUUGUCCAGAUGGUAGGUUGUGCUACAUUUAAAUCAGUUCUUAUGUCCUUUACGCCUUUAGUUUUGGGGAUUAUAUCAGACGGGGAUUCUAGGACACUUGUUCAAGGCAAGACAACCAGUCGUGCGUUGAUUGAAUGUUUGCUAUGUUAGUAACACCAUCGCACCUUUAUUUGACGUUUACAAAAUAUAUUUAUCACACCACUGUAAACACACAGCAGACUAAGGGCCCUAUUCAAUCCGCAUCGCGGAAGUUCAGUUUUAAAGCGGGAUUGAAAUUUAAAGGCAAUAUUCCCGCUUUAGCAGAGUUAACAUUAACGGUAGACGCUGCAUAUAGUCGACUCAAUCGGGAAUUACUUUUACAUUUCUGUUGCGAAUCUGUAACGCUUCAGUUUUACAGAUUGAAUAGAGCCCUAAAACCAUCUGUAAAAACUAAGAUUUUUCAUCUGGUAAGUUUUUUUAAAAUAAAUACAAAUAACACACAUUUAUUGAAAAAAAAAAUUGCUUUACAAACUGCUCUGAAUGACAUCUUGUGAACACUCAUUUUAUGGACCAAUAACACAACAUCUCAAAUACAUAAAUUAUGAUUUAAAAAAGUCUCAAUGUACAAAGUAUUAGGGUUGCAUUUAUUUUGAAGAAUGUGUAUCGUUUGUUUUUUUGUUCAUAUAUUUAUUUGUCUUGGGAAAUGUGGAGAGACGGAGCACAACUCUAAUGUCAAAGGAAAACAGGGUUUUUAAAAUGUAAAAUCGUUUAUAAUGCAAUAAUGAUGAGCUUUACAAUGUAAAUAUGUUGUUUUUUUCAUUUGAUUGAAGGCACAUUUCUAGAUGAUAUGUACAGUUGCACAUCCCUCUGUCAAGAGAGUAAAAUGUAUCUUGUAGGGCAGACUAAAGCUAAGUGGUUUACAGAAGUCUGCACUGGAAGCUUGAUAUGAAAAGCGACUUAUCUACAUAUCUACCAAGCCUACAAGUCAAAGACUCCUAACUAGUUCUAAUUGGCCAAUAUCAUACAAAUAUCCCCAUGCAGCAUUCAAUACAUUCAGUUGAAAAGAUAUCUUCAGUGGCACAUCUAACUGAAAUGUUAGCCAGUGACAUAUUCAUCCUUAGCCAUAAUACCAUUGACAAAUAUGGUCAGAUGUCAUGUUGUGCUGCUGUUCAUUUGUCCCUGGUUUGAUGAGGAUUAUGAUCUGUAAACAGGUACUAUACAACACAGGAGGUUGGUGGCACCUUCAUUGGGGAGGCAGGGCUCGUUUUAAUGGCUGGACGAGAAUUGGUGGAAUGAUAUCACAUAUCAAACAUGGUUUUUGAUGCCAUUCCAUUUGCGCCAUUCCAACCAUUAUUAUGAGCUGUUUCUCCCCCCCCCCCCCACCCAACUGCUAUACCACCAUGUGCUUGAAAUUCACCAAACCAUCACCAAGACUCAUAUCUGCAGGUGAGCGGUCUUGAGGAAAGGAAUAUUUUAAUAUUUUGUGAAGUUCACAUGCUGAUAUAUUGCUGAUGUACAUAUAUACAUACAUGUAAAUGUAUUUCUAUAUUUUGUCUUAAUCUGUAUAUUUGUUCAAUAUAUUUUCAUAGAUAUGAUCUUAGGUCCCCCUUGGUACCCUCCUUAGUCCUUUGUUUUGUUGUGUUUGAGAUUUUGAUAUCACCUUGUCCUUUGUUAACUUGCAUGGAUAUAUUUUAAUAUAAUACAUUAUUUAAUGGUAAUUAUAAUGUCAUUUGAAUCAGAAUGAUAUAUAUUAAAGAUGGCACUAAACUUGGCUGUUGAACUGGAUCUCCUAGAUGACUGCAUGUUGUUUCUGAUAGGAUUGCUAAGUUUGAUGAUGUAAUGUUAUAAAAUAACCUGAAGUAUGCCUCCAGAACAGGGAGAUCAAAACAGAAUGGUUUACCUUGUGUGCCGAUGUUUCAGAUGUAAUUUAGAAUACUUUUGGUACUUCCGCAUAAAUAAAGUAUAUUUGCUUA